CUUCAAUCAGAUCUACUAUUCCAAAAAAUGGCUUCAAAAUAUCACGACGAUUGGCAGUCUAGUAAGAAAACAGUCUUACAAAGAAACGCGUAUAUGUUUGAUAACGAAUUGAUGAGCGAUGUAUCUUUCACUUGUGGGGAAUCAAGUCGCAUAUUUCAUGCGCACAAAUAUGUGCUUGCCACGAGCAGUGCUGUGUUUUUUGCCAUGUUUUAUGGCGAUCUAGCUCACAAAGAAUCUCCCAUUUGCCUUCCAGACGCCGACGAAGAAAGCUUUAAAGAAUUUCUGCGCUACCUCUACACGGAUGAUUGUAAAAUCACCGCAGAGAACGCGAUUGGAGUUAUGUAUUUAGCUAACAAGUAUCUCCUGUCGUCUUUGACAGAGAAAUGUUGCAAGGUUCUAGAAGCAAGCAUUGAGCCUGAUAAUGUUUUCGUGGUGUUGGAGCAAAUAAUACAAUUUGAUGAAAAAAAGUUGGAAGCAAAGUGCUGGGAUAUUGUAUCGAAGAAAACCCAGGAAUGUAUAAACUCGGAAGCAUUCUGUAAUGUCGGAUCCCAUAGCCUGAAGGCUUUGCUAAAGAAAGAGACGUUGACAAUAACGGAAGUGGAAUUGUUCAAAGCAGUGUUAAAAUGGGUAGACAGCGAGUGUUCAAGACAGGGUAUAAAUGUUGAAGAAGACAAAACGGCAAGAAGACGUAUUCUAGGGGAUUGUGUAUAUGAAAUUAGUUUCCUUGAAAUGUCACUGGAAGAUUUUACGAAAUAUGUUUCUUCUGCCGGAAUACUUACAGAGAUAGAGGUUAUUUCUAUUUUCCAGAAAUUUGGCGGAUCAGAUGUGGCUAACUUGAAAUGGAACGAGCAAAAGAAAAGGCGACCAUGUGUGGUUCUUAGUUUCAGUAGAUUUGACUUUGCCGAUGUAUUUGACGGUAACUGGUACGGCAAACGCUACAAUAACGGCCGUGUCGAUGCUCUUACUCUGACUGUCAAUAAAGCUGUUCUCUUUCACGGUGUUUGCUUGUUUGGUGACUCCAAUGGUAGUCAAUACAAAGUCAACUUUACGGUAAAAGAUGAAGAUGUAACAGGGACCUACACUUCAAAACAAGACAAUGAUGGUAUAUGGUGUUAUGACGUCAAUUUACCUAAACCAGUUUCGCUACAGUCACAUGAAAAGACUACAAUAUUUGCGACAAUAAAGGGACCACAAUCUUACAACGGUUACAAAGGAAAAUCAUCGGUGAAAGUUGAUGACAUUGUCGUGACUUUUAAUGACACACCACAUGGUUUAAGUUCUAAUUAUACAAAUAAAACUGGGGGUCAGUUUUACAAACUUUUCCUGUCUAAUCUGUAAAAACAGAAUUUGACUGGAACGUAUAGCCAUCCUCAAUGGCUAGUACUUUAACUUUAUGAAAUAAUAUCCCGAAUUACAAGAAACAGACCGUCCAUCGACACGCAUGCAAAGGACAGCAAAUUAGUACCGGUCAUUGUAGAGAGUUAUAGAUUGACGUUUACGGCAAACGUCAAACCGCUAACGAAGUUUGUGAUUUUACAACUCUAUUAUAACAGCUUUUACACUAGUUUUGAA